AUGGUGGGAGCCUGGCCGGUGACGUCGGCGGAGAUCAUGCGGCGGCAGAUGGGAGUCAACGAGCAGACUGACGGCCGCAUCCGCAAGACCCUCACCCGCUUCCUCAUCGGUCCCCAGCUUCGCCAACUCAAGCUCCUUGAGGCAGGCCUCAUCUCACACCCAUUUGUGCCGCUUGACCGGAGCCCCGUGGCGUCUUCUCUGCGCGAGAUGAUCAGAUCAACCGAGCCGCAGAUCGAUGUGCGCGCGCUCUCCACUGACGUGAUGGCUCUGGCGUGGUGCUCCGUUGAGGUUUGUCACUGGGCUGAUGGCUACCCCCUCAAGGUGCACCUCGAUUUGUCCCUUCUUCGUGCCGUCUUUGGCCUUAGGGACGAGAUGGCUGUGUUGGAUGAGGUUGAUGAGCUGUUGGAGUUGAUAAAGAAGACAUGGGACAUUCUGGGCCUCAACAAGACGAUCCACAAUGUCUGCUUCACCUGGGUCCUCUUUGAGAGAUAUGUCACUACUGGGCAGAUAGAGCCAGACCUGCUGUCGGCUACCUUGGCAAUGCUCCAGCAUGUCUCCAACGACACCAAGCAAGCCGAGCAGGAGCCAGGAUAUACCAGAGUCUUGUCUGCAACACUAGCCUCCAUCCACUCAUGGGCAGAAAACAAGCUGUUGGAUUACCAUGAGGCGUUUGAUAGAAGUGCAAUGCAGAAUGUUGUGGCACUCGCUGUCUCAGCGGCACAGAUGUUGAACCAACACAUUCCAGCUACUGCAGGAUUAUCUUUUUCUGCUACUGCUGCUGAUCUAAUUGAACGUUAUAUCAAAUCUUCGGUGGACGAGAGUGGCAUUGCCAGGGCCGGGGGGAACAGCAGCAUGUUGGUGGAAGUGGAGGAAGACCCUAGCGAGACCCUGAUAUAUGUGGCCGCGCAGACCAAGGAAAUGGCGAGGGUGGAGAAAGACAUGGCCAGCAGCUGCCUCAGCAGCGAGUCUAUGCGUGCCCUGCAGACGGCCUCCGAACUAGACAAAUACCUGGUACAGAUGGCACAUGAUGAUGAUGUGUACGACAGUGGCAUCUCGAGUUACGAAGUGGACUCCAUCAUUCUUGGCCUCGUCAAUGGGUGGAUGGAUGAGCGGCUACAGAUCGGGGCAGAGUGUCAGGAGAACAAGAGAUUCAGAGACUUGGAACCCCAGUUCCAACAGCGAGCCUUACGCACAAUAUGCUGUGGAUCUCAUGAGAUUAGCCAAGGCGACGGUGGAUGA